AGACCUCAGCCAUUUAUGACAAAAUUAGAUGUAAGAAGUCGAAUAGGAAAAUUCAGAGAACAUGUUUCUUCUAGACCGCUGAUUCAUCAAUUUGUAAAUCGGCAGAAAUAUACGAUGUUGGUCUACACACCCAGCAACCCAAAAGCUUUGCGCCUGCUUCUCUUGCUUCUGCUUCCCGCAGCCUGGAAGGCGGGGAGCGGCCAGCUUCACUAUUCUGUCCGGGAGGAGGCCAAACACGGCACCUUCGUGGGCCGCAUCGCCCAGGACUUGGGGCUGGAACUGAUGGAGCUCGUACCGCGCCUUUUCCGAGUGGCGUCCACAGGUCACGGGGACCUUCUGGAGGUAAAUCUGCAGAAUGGCAUUUUGUUUGUGAAUUCUCGGAUCGACCGGGAGGAGCUGUGCGGGCGGAGCGCGGAGUGUAGCAUCCACCUGGAGGUGAUCGUGGACAGGCCGCUGCAGGUUUUCCAUGUGGAGGUGGAGGUGAAGGACAUUAACGACAACCCGCCGAUCUUCUCCGUCUCACAACAAAAGCUUUCAAUACCCGAAUCUCGACUGCUUGACUCUCGGUUUCCGCUAGAAGGCGCAUCUGAUGCGGAUGUUGGAGAGAAUGCAGUGCUUACCUAUAGACUCAGUCCAAAUGAGUUUUUCAUUCUUGAUACUAUAAACAAAAAAGACAAAGGCAAAUUCCCAGUGCUUGUUCUAAGAAAAAUGCUGGAUCGUGAAGAAAAUCCUCAGCUUCAAUUGUUAUUAACCGCAACUGAUGGAGGCAAACCGGAAUAUACUGGAUCGGUUACUUUGCUGAUCUUGGUGUUGGAUGCCAAUGAUAAUGAGCCUGUAUUUGACAGAUCCGUUUAUGAAGUUAAGAUGUAUGAAAAUUCAGCGAACCAAACGUUAGUAAUAUGGCUAAAUGCAUCUGAUGCAGAUGAAGGAAUAAACAAGGAAAUGAUAUAUUCAUUUAGUGCUUUGGUUCCACCCAGCAUAAGGAGUAAAUUUCUAAUGAACGAAAAAACGGGAGAAAUAAGAGUAAAUGAUGCAAUUGACUUUGAGGACAGUAACACUUAUGAAAUUCAUGUAGAUGUUACAGAUAAAGGAAACCCACCUAUGGUUGGUCACUGCACCGUACUAGUGGAAGUUCUGGAUGAAAAUGAUAAUUCACCUACGGUGAUUAUCACUUCUCUGUCACUCCCGGUGCGAGAAGAUGCUCAGGUGGGAACUGUCAUUGCCCUGAUCAGCGUGUCCGACCGUGACUCUGGUGCCAAUGGGCAAGUGACCUGCUCACUAACACCCCACGUCCCCUUCAAGCUGGUGUCCACCUUCAAGAACUAC